AUGGCUUCUUCUUCACAUUAUCAUUAUAACCAAAAUGACGAUGAUGAUGAUCCAUUUGAAAAUAUUUUUGAAGAUUUCUUAGAAAUCCCAGAUAUUAUUCCCAAACCGAGAGAGCGAAAAACACGUAUCUUUAUUGAGAGAAAGCGGGAAGAAGGCAAGGACCAGCUUUGGAAUGAUUAUUUUAGCGAGACUCCAACAUUCCCGCACAAUAUUUUUCGGAGACGGUUUCGAAUGAACAAGACAUUGUUCUUGCGUAUUGUGCAUCGUCUCGAGCAAGAAGUGGAUUAUUUUAAACCUUCACAAGAUGCAACCGGUCGGUCUAGCCUAACCGCGCUCCAAAAAUGUACCGCAGCUAUUCGUCAGUUGGCGUAUGGUGGUGGGGCUGAUACCGUUGACGAAUAUGUCCGACUAGGUGAAACCACAGCUAGAAAAUGUUUGCACCAUUUUACCAACGCAAUCAUCCACUUGUUUGGUGAUGAAUACCUUAGAUGUCCUACUCCGGAGGAUCUGCAAAGACUACUAUAUAUUGGGGAACAACGUGGAUUUCCAGGAAUGGUUGGAAGCAUCGACUGUAUGCAUUGGGAGUGGAAGAAUUGCCCUGCCGUUUGGAAAUGA